CUAAAUUACAUUGCAACGCUAAGGAUUGUUUGAUUGUCCGCAUCCCAAAAAUAUCUCCUUAUCAUCUAGUUCUACAUUUUUAUCGGUGCUGGGUCUUAAAAUGGAUUCAAUACACAUAGUAUUUCUCGUUCUUACUAUGCCUAUACAAGUAGAAGGAUUCGCUUGUGAGAAUAGCACGUACUGCAUGACAUCCCUGAUAAUCGAAAAUGCGUUUACAAUGAUUGAUCCCAGCAGUGGACCGCUUUAUGUCGAUGACAGAUCAAUUUACCCAAUAAAUGGUGGAGAAGCUGUUACCAUUUCGAAUGUCAUAUCUGCGGACGGAUGGAACGAAACACGAAGGCUGGUGACUGCUAAUGGCACUAUGCCAGGACCUCCAAUCUACCUAUACCAGAACCAGACGAUUACCGUUAUUGUGACGAACAACUUGAUAAACGAGGCGGUCACCAUCCACUGGCACGGAAUAGACCAGCUUGGAUGGCCCGCAAUGGACGGUGUGGCGUUUGUAACGCAAUGUCCUAUUCUUCCGGGCCAGUCAUUCAACUAUACGUUUCAGCCUCGGUUUAGUGGUACGUACUGGUACCAUUCACACGUCGGCAACCAAAGAGACAUGGGAAUGUAUGGCGCUUUCAUCGUUCUGAAAAGAAACAAUGAAAUACCAAUUUCAAGGCAACAUAUCAUUCAGUUACAAGAAUGGAAUCAUCUGUACGAUCCAGUAACAUUGCUGAGGGCAAACCUUAAUGGCAAAGGCAAGGAAGGAGUAUCGAUCUUGAUAAAUGGAAGAGGUGAAUUUGACAAUAACGUGGCGCCUCUAGCAUCUUUCGUCGUUGAUAAGGGAGAAAAUCAUAAAUUCCGAUUGAUAGGAGUAGGAUCGGCAGACACGUUUCUUUUUUCUGUACCUGGUUUACGCCUUAUUGUUAAGGAGACCGAUGGCUAUGAAUUUGAAAAACGAACAGUUGAUAGAAUCAUUAUAUAUCCUGCAGAAAGAUAUGAUUUUGAACUAGAUCUCAGUUAUGCUAGUGAGGGGAUAUACGAUAUCACAGUAUAUAACCUCCAACACAAUAAUCUAACAACUCAAGAUAAACUUGUCGGACGUGGUCAUAUCAAUGUAACAAAUAAAAAUUCCUUACCAGUGACAACGUUGAAUAGAACCACUGAAGUGAUUCUGAAUUGUCCUUUUCAAGAGUACCCCCCAUAUCCAAACUUCACAUGUCUACCUGUUUCUGAACUGAAAUCAAAUAUAUCUGAUAAUGGGUUGCAGUUUGGGUUAUCGCUAAUACAAAAAACAGAUAAGACAUAUACUCAUUUUCUAAACUUUGGAUUUCCUAAACAUUCUUCAAUCAAUGGUCGGAAAUUCAUUUGGCCGAAAGUAUCCGCUCUUUCACAGCCUUCGGAGGUCGACACAACGUGUGCUGGAUGUGAUGACGAGACAUCAUGUGAGUGUUCACACACCCUGGAUCUCCCUUCCGGCUCCGAGAAUAUCAUGAUUUUUUCUAAUUUAGGAACUGGAAUGGUUGAAUCGCACCCCAUACAUAUGCAUGGUCACACAUACGAGGUUCUAAAAAUGGGAUUCCCUUCCUUUAAUUCCUCUGGUUCUCUUAUUCCAAAUGAAGAUAUAAUGUGUAGUGAAAGCAAACCAAACAGCGCUAGCCAAUGUAACAAUGCAAGAUGGAGAAAUCCAGACUGGAACGAUUAUACGAAAAUCCCUGGGGUCAACCACAUAGAUCCCGUUCGAAAAGACACCGUCGUAGUCCCAGUAGGAGGUUACACCAUUAUCCGAAUUCGAGCCACAAAUCCUGGAGUUUGGUUUAUGCAUUGUCACAUCGAUCCACAUAUGAUAUUUGGGAUGGCAAUGAUGCUAAACAAGUCCUUUGAAUAUGUGAAAGAUCUCCCAACGGGGUUACCGUCUUGUCAUAGCUUUACCAACAGAGGAUCUCCUGUUGAAGCACAACAACAACAACAACAACAGACUCCUGCUAAUAGUGAGACGAGUACUAUUGCAUUGGGUGUUGCGGUGGCAAUUCUCGGUACCGCCCUCAUUGUGACUUUGUCGGUGCAUUUUAAUCUCCGGAGGCAAACUCGGGGCGGGAAUAAUAUGGAGCAACAGGAAAUGCAAGAAACUAGCGCUAGCCGGACAUAGAAACACAUUUGUUAAACUACUAUUAGUAAACAGUUAACAGACAUACAAUGGACACAGAUGAUGAUGACUAGUAAAACAAUAUUAUAUUUGAUGGUCUCGUCAUCAUUUUGUUUAUUUAUUCAUCGAUAUGGUUGUCAACGUUGUCAUAUUAGUUCGUGGCUUCAAAUAUACCAACAUAUCAUGGAUAUACUACAUUUUGUAUGUUACAUGUUUAAAAUGUUUGUUGGAAAAUCUUUCACAAAUCACAAACACUUCCCAAACAUUUGACGUCCAUCUUCAGGUAUACUCGAACAUAAAGUGACUAAGUGUAGUAAAGAUUUGAUAUUCACUUUGUGCACACCUGAAGAUCGAUGUCAAAUACUCAGAAAGCGCUUGUGAUUUGUGAAUGUGUUAAAUGUAUUUUGAAAUUGCAUAUACAUCUGUAUAUCCCUUUUUUUAUUUAACUGUUGUGACUGUGCAAUCAACUUUCUUUGUAGCUUAUUUAUAUUUGUCUGUAUGAUUGCGUGUUAUCUUAUUAUUCUGUACAACGUUUGAAGACAUUUAAUUACAAAAGCAUUUCUUAUAUUUCACGCAACAAACUUUAUACCGAAAAUACAGAUGAUUUAUUGACAUUCAAGGGUCCUGAGAGGCAAAGUGCAAAUAGUAAAACAUGUAAAAUUAUGCAUAAUAAAGAGAUAUGUAUAUAAAGUAUAAAUAACAACAGAAGGUGCAAAGGGACGAUGCUCUGAGAACAUUAGAUGUAUAUUAUACCAUGUUAGUACAUUGUAAAAAAAAAAAUAUUACCUCAUAAUAUCAUAACAGUAUCAAUUGUUCCACCUCGCACCUAAAGUUAUCAUCCCAAGAAAUAUAUACUCGUACAAUGUGUAAGUAGGAUGACUGCUUGUAUUAUGAAUAAUUAACACACACAAGUUUAAUGUUAAUUAAACAAUGUAUUCCAUGUUAUAUUAAUCACAAUUAAGGUAAAUCAAUUUUGACAAUUACAGUAACACCUUUUUAUUCUCGUUAUUCAUCAACAAAGUAAAUUUAUCAAUUGGUUUAUGAAUAUACCAUAGUUUUAUAUAUGCACGUCAUACAAUUGGUUCUCUUUCAUUAAAUGGUGGGUAAAUAUAUCUUAAUUACUUUUAGAAUUGGGAUGCAUCAAUUUAAACAGGUUUUUUUUUAAAUUAGGUACAAGUAGGUACAUGUACGUAAACUUUUGGACUUGCAUGUAUCACUGUUUUUGAUAUUUUCAAACAUUUAUUUCCUGAUAUGAAGAACUGAAUAGCUGUUUGAUUUAUAAAGAAUAUGAAUUCUGUUUUUAAAAUAAAUUAGUCUACAAAGAUCCCGACAAUGUUUGAAAAUUUUUAAAGCUAAUUUGAAGUGAUUUAGAAUCAAAAUCCUAGCAUAUUUCUCAAGUAAACAAUAAGUACAUUUACAUUUCACUUUGACUCAAAAAUUCAGUUCGAAAGUUCAUAAUCUUUAACUGGUCGUCGUCGUUAACCUUUUACCAUUUUUUUUUUACUUUCGCAACAAUAACUCGUUUAAUUAUAAACAAACAUAGCAAACAGGACCCCCAGUCAAUAGGUUUUACAUUGGUUCAAAUUAAAGAUCAUACCUCCAGGAAAUAUGAUAUGAAAUACUUAAGAAAUAGGAAGGCGAAUGUAAAACAUUUAUCAAGAACCACUGAACUAGAAAAGUCAAAAACAGAACAAGGGUUUUUUUCCAUCAACUCAGACUGUGGUUUAUAACAAACUGUGAUAAAGUCAUUCUACUAAAAUCUACUCUGCUUUGUUUUGUUUUUGCCAAAGGAUAAUAGUAGUUCAAGUUUUGCUUUUUAAGAGCAUUCAUUAGAAUACCAACAAUAGAAACCACUGAACAGUGUAAUAGGAAAAUAACAUAAAUUACAAUUGUCCUUUGUAAAAACUAGAAAUACAUCCAUAGGACAUGAAUGCCACGCCUAAUGUGACAUUUUUAAUGCAAGAUGAGAAAUUCAGGGAUUUGUCGGUACCUUCUCAUGGCCUGAUAAUCUGCCCCAUUCACAAUGGAAAAUAGGUUGAAUUUUCCUCUUUUUUUGAAAAAAAUUAAAUACUGAACUCCCUUCUUUACAUAAUAUAGUAAGAUAGGAUAAGGUUUAUUUUAAGUCAGCAUGUCAAUACAACAAGGAAACACAAGCUCCAGGGAGCUUUUAGACCGACAUCCCAGAUAGCAAGACUACAUUGGGCCAACGUUGGUUGCAGGUUGUAUGGUUGGUCGAGUGCUGGCGUUGGACAAUGAAUGUUGGCCCAACGUUGGCCCAACAAGUGAUAUGUUGGCAUGACAGCUAGAAUGUCGGCGUUGGGUUUACAACGUUGGCCCAAUGUUGGUACAUUGUAGUAAAUGUUGGCAUAAAACGUGACCAAUGCAUUGUUGGGGAUGUAAUGUUGGCCCGACGUUGGUCCAAUGAAUGAUAUGUUGGCAUGAAAAAUGGACACUUAGUGUUGGGGUUGCAAAGUUGGCCCGACGUUGGACCAACGAAUGAUACGUUGGUAAGAAAGUUAGUCCAUCAGUGUUGGGAGUGUGAUGUGGGCCCGACGUUGGUCCACUGUAGUAAAUGUUGGCAUCAAACAAAGCCACUAUGUGUUGUGUGUGUAAUGUCGGCCCAAUGUUGAUCCAACCAAGUUAUGUUAACAAAAAAACAAAAAAAACCCAAACAAAAAACCACAAAACAACAUAUAUUAACGUAGUUCCACACUCCUGUGACGUCAUAAGAUUUUCCAAAUUCAAUAAUUUAAUGACUGGAACAUAAAUUUUGUUGGAGUCUUUUUCAAUAGUUAUUGUAAAAAAUCUUGUUAGCCAUAAAAUAUUUCAAAAGUCUUAGUUAUAUUUGAAUAGUCAAUAAUGUGUUUCAAAAUAUUGAAUCCAAGGACAAUAACUCUGUUUUCAUUAAAUUAUUUAUCAAGUCCAUUAUGCAAUAGAUUUCCUAUAUUUUUCACAAACAUUUUACCAAGGUGAUAAGGAAUUAUUAUCUGUGUCUUUUCAUGUAAUUACAUAAAAUUUUAAUCCAUCAGUGGUUUUGAAUAGCUCAGCUGUAUGGUGCCAGACUUAGGUUUUUUAUUGGGGUAUACAUACUCUGGAAGCUAUAGAUUUGAAAUUAUUAAGGAAAGGUAUGGAUUUUUUUUCAUAAAUAACUAUAACAGAUGUACAUCUACUAAUAUAAACAGAAAAAAUGAUAUGUAAACCAUACUAUAAGGAAGUUGUGUCCAUAUUAGUUUGUUUUUUAACAUUUUGGAGAAUAAGGCUAAUUCAAUAAUUUUGCACUUAUUAUACUAAAACUUGAAGAACAUAUUGAAAAUGACAUGUGUUUUAGUUAUUGACAUGUUUCCUGAUAAAUAAAUGCAAUUUAAAUUAUUAUUUCUUUUUUCAUUUUAAAAUAACAACAGAUAACUGUUUCCAAUGAAUUUCAUAAAAAUCUACAUAGGGGUACAUGAC